AUGUCCUACAGGCUUCCCAUCGCCCCCCUCAGACGGCGAAUCGCCCCCAGCAGCUUAAUAACCGUCUCCAAGCGCUUCGCAUCCACCUCGGCGCCUCGACCAGGCCGUCGCUACUUGUCCACCACGCUGCUGCUCGGUGGAGGCGUGCUCGGUCUGGCCUACUACUAUGACUCGCGGUCGCUCUUGCACGAACAUGUGGUCAUGCCUAUCACCAGGCUGGUCGCUGAUCCUGAAGAAGGCCACAAGCUCGCUGUGCGCGUCCUCAGCUGGGACAAGUGGGCGCGGCCUAGGGAUAUGGGCGUAGACGGCCCAGAGCUCCAAGCCGAGCUCUUUGGCCACAAGCUCACCAACCCCCUCGGUAUCGCGGCCGGCUUUGACAAGGACGCGUCUGCCAUCGACGGUCUCUUCGACCUCGGCUUUGGCUACGUCGAAGUCGGCUCCAUCACACCCGAGCCCCAGCCCGGAAACCCCACCCCUAGAUUCUUCCGUCUUGAAGAAGACGACGCGGCCAUCAACCGAUACGGCUUCAACUCCUUGGGCCAUGGACAAGCUUUGAACCGCCUGAGGGAGAGAGUAGUCAGGUUCUCGCGAGAACACCCGUCAUUGUUCCCUGCUCCUCUGCCUGCCAACCCCCUGCCCCCUGCUGGCCUGCCAAGGUCGCUGAGACCUGGACAGCUCUUGGCCGUCAACUUGGGCAAGAACAAGACCUCUGCUGCCGACUCUAACGAAGACUACAUCCGAGGCGUCCGUACUUUCGGCCCCUACGCCGACGUGCUCAUCAUCAACGUCUCUUCUCCCAACACCCCCGGUCUUCGUGCCCUCCAGGGACGCAAGCAGCUCGAGAGUCUGCUGGGAGAUGUGGUGAAGGAGAGGAACAGGCUUGGCGGGGAUGGGUUGCCCAAGAUUGCGGUCAAGGUUACGGCGGAUCUCGGAGAGGAAGAGUUGGCCGAUGUGGCUGGGGCUGUGAGGAGUAGUGGAGUGGAGGGUGUCAUCGUCAGCAACACUACCAUCCGAAGGCAAGAGCUCAACCUCAAGUCGGCCAACCAACACCAGAUCGGCGGUCUGUCCGGCAAACCCCUCUUCCCCUACGCUCUCCAAUCUCUCAGAACCCUCCGCCCCCUGCUGCCUCCUUCCAUCCCCCUCAUCGGCUGCGGCGGCGUAUCCACCGGCUCCGACGCCGUCGAGAUGGCCAACGCCGGUGCUUCCCUCGUACAAGUAUACACUUCCUUCGGGUACCGCGGUGUAGGCACCCCCAGGUUGAUCAAGGAUGAAAUCACCGAGUCUCUCAAAUCCCAGGGCGGCGCCAGCUGGUCAGAGCAGGUUGGAAAAGACUGGAUGGGCAAGGAAGGUGGUGUGGCUGCUAUGGGGUGGGAUGAGAACCGUAUCAAGCACGAAGCCGAGCUGCUCAAAACGGAAGCUGCGUCCCUCGCCUCUCUACUCAAAGAAGCAGGGGAGAAGCAGGAUUUGGGAAGGCUUGUGGCAGAGGCGGAGAAGGCUUUGGGGUUGAGGAAGGGUGAGGAGCAGCAGUUGGUCAAGGAGGGUAAGGCUACUGAGGAGCAGCAGCAGGUGGGAGCUGGGCAGGCGCAAAAGCAAGUCGCUCAGUCUUCUAUUGGUGAAGCACUCAUCAGCGAUCCUGUCGGCAAGGUCGACCUCGGCCCUAUCGUCGUGCUCGAUGAGCAAAAGGUCAAGGAGAGCGCUUUAAUCGAGGAGAAGAGGGAGAGGGAGGCAGAAUGGUCGAGGGAGGCCAAGCAGGGAGCCAAGAGGUUGGUAUAA